CCGGGUGGAGCGGGGCAGGAGCCGGGCUGCUGGAGGAGAUGGGUUGCCCCGGGGGAGGAGGGGCCUGGGUGUCGUAGGGGUCUGGAGAGGUGAAAACAAAGUCGGAGCGGGUCUGCAUGCUGCCGAUCCCAAAUCUCCCCACUGGAGGACAGCAGAGCCCGGCAGACGGUGCUCGGAGCAGAGAAGCCGCCGCCGGUCGGGAAACCUGCGGGAUGGGAGAGGAUGCGGGAGGAUCCACUUUAGGAUAUUGAACCAAAGGAGCAAGAGCUACCAGGAAGCACCACUGAUCUGCACAGAUCCCCUUUGCCUGCUGCUGCUCCACAGUGAACAGGGAGCUGCUCAGCAGCUGUGUCAUCCCUUCCUGGAUUCUCCAAGCACUGACUCCCAUCCACGCUGACCACAGCCUGGGGCUACAUCCCACUGCCUGCCCAGUGUCCAUCCAUGGAGGUGACCACCGUGUCCCCAUCUCCUGCCUCACCCACUGAAGGAGACCAUCUCUGUGAGAUAGAUGUCACUGAUGUGGCUGUGGAUGGUGUCACACUGCUCAUCUGCCUCUGUGGGCUGGGUGGAAAUGGGGCUGUCCUCUGCUUUCUCCAAAGGAAUCCUAAAACCUUAUACAUCCUCAACCUGGCCUUCGCCAACUUCGCUUUCCUCCACUUUGCGCUCCCCUCCUCCCUGCUCUACCUGCUGGAGGACGCGUCCUGCUCCAUUGUCGUGUCCCUGACGUACCUGAGGUCCCUUCUCCUGCUGUCCCUGUUCUCCUACAACCUGGGGCUGUACCUGCUGACAGCCAUCAGCAUUGACAGGUGCACAUCCAUCCUCUGCCCACUCUGGCACCGCUGCCGCCGUCCCCAGCGCCUGUCCUGGGUGGUGUGUGCCCUGCUCUGGGCACUCUCCAUCGCUGUCAUUGUCACAGUUACUUCCCUGUGCCUGUCACAGGAGCACCAGCACUGCCAGGUGUCCCUCAUCUCCAUGUACACCCUCAACCUGUUCCUCUUUACCCCAGCCAUGCUCAUUUCCAGCACAAUCCUCUUCAUUAAGGUCAAGUGCGGCUCCCAUGAGCGACAACCCAAGAGACUCGACAUUGUUAUUUUCCUCCUUGUGCUCUUCUUCCUCCUCUUUGCUCUCCCCCUCAGCCUCUCCAACUUCCUGCAGCAGCUUGAUUACACGGUUGUGUCCUCCCAGGUUGUUUUCCUGCUCACCUGCAUCCACAGCACCAUCAACCCCUUCAUCUACUUCCUGGCAGGGAGCUGCUGGAGCCGCUGCUCCGUGGGGUCCCUCCGGCUCUCCCUCCAGAGGCUCUUUGAGGAGCCAGAAGAAAGCAAUGCCCAUGGCAUUGAUCCUGACAUGGACACAGCUGUCCCAGCUUGCUGAUCCCUUCCACUGCUCUGCUGAAGGACCCCGGGACAGUGUCUGAGGGCUUCCUCGAGUCAUUUGAUUAAUAAAUAGCCGUGGUAUCACCCUCCCUGUGGUGCUGUAAUCCUGCAGGAGAAGGGAGCAGGGGCAGUACCAAGGGCAGUGUGGGAGGGAUGCUCUGCAGGGAGCACGGCUUUCCUCCUCUCUCAUGGGUCCUAGAACACUAUUCCCCAAAAGGGGUCAUGCCUCACAGCGCUGUGAUCCCAAAAGUCCCCCUGGCACCUGGUUCCUGCAUCCCACUGCGGUCUGAGAUCAAUAAACGGCAUCGUGAACCCCGA